AUAUAUGAAUAAACAAAUUUACACAUAUAAAAAACAUCUACCAAACAGCUUGAAUUUUACUACAGUUCAUGGUCAUUAUUAUUUUAACUAUAAUAGGUAUAUGAGUACACAAUUCAAUUGGUACCAAUAUUAUUGUAGGCGGUAGCUGGUUACGCCAUUCAAAAAUCCACUUACCCAGUCCAUCUCUCCAGCCAUCGCAAGCCACGUGGUUUUGCAUCGUGCGCAUCGCAUAUCUAGCGUAGCAUCGCAACCGGUGUGAACCCGCCUAUGCUAUGCGCACGAUGCAAAACCACGUGGUUUUCAAGCGUUGUAGUGCUUUUUUAUGUAAGGGUGUUCUCGCUGGAUGUGAUGCUACGCAAGCAAUGUGUGCGUUUGUCACUCUUGCCUGCCGCCGGCCCAGCGAUUUUUUCAAACAGCUCGGCUGACAUGCGCAUCUUGAGGAACUUGAAAGCGCAUGCAGUCACUCGCCACUGCACUGGGACGCACAGUGGGCUGACUCGGAUCUCACCUCUGUUAUAUGCUGGCUGGAGGCGGAUGAGUGGCCGGGAAAGGGGAAGCUGGCCCCAGAGGGUCUUGCUAUGAAGUGCCUAGUGGAACAGUGGGCGGCGAUAAAGGCUCCACGACGGCAUGCUGCAACGAUGCAGGAAGGGGAGAGCGUGUGGCUGUUGUUGAUUCCUCACGCACUUUGCGCUAAGUUGCUUGAAGAGAUGCAUGCCGGUGUGGGCGGACACCUGGACAAGAAGCCGCUGUGCCGCUUCUGUCAGCGACUAUACACGAUUGGCGGCCCUGAGGCGUAGUGUGGAAUGCCAUGUCUGUACAGAUAUAUAUGCGCUGCACCCACUCACGCUCCUCUGCAGCUGUACCAGAGCCUAUCUGGAUCGCCGUCUCCAACGUCGUGCGCUGCGUUCAGGUUUGACUCCUUCGAACAAGAAGUAGGAGGAAUUUCUUAUAAGGGAGGGAAUGGAGGUCUCUCUCCUCCAUCGGUAUCCAGCCCCACCCCGGCAACUGCGCUUUACAAAGGUGGUGGUGGCGGAGGCAUCGGGGAGAGGGAGAGACUGGUGCUAGAAGUCACGAAAUUCUAUAGAGAACGAAACCGCCUCGCAAGGAUCCACCGGAAAGCAGAAUUACGGGUUCUGACGAGCCUGAGACGGAGAAGGCAGAGCAGAGAUGGAGCCACUGAAGAAGUUGAUGAGGAUGAAGAGGAGUCAGCAGAAAUGGGCCAAGUGGACUGGGUUAGCCAAGCAACGCAAGCACGAGAGGCUUUGGUAGAGGCAGACAGGGCAGCACAAGCACAGGAACUGCACUACAGGCUGCUGCUGGAGGAAGCUCGAGGCAACACAGCCACCACUGCCAAGCAGGUUUCAGCUAGCAUGGAGAAAUUCACUGAGGAUCAAAGGCAACUGGUAAAGCGAAGCUUUUCUUCUCUGCCUCCAGAGAGAGACAGACAAAAUGUGGUAGAAAAUUUGUUAAAUCGUCAGAAGCAGGCUCAGGAACAGAUAAAGCAAGCCAGGACUUCCUAUUACAGUCUUCUCCUUAGAAAACAGCAAGAAGAAAAGGAACUGAAAGAGAAUCAGGAACAUUAUGAUGACCAGGUUUGUGUAUCUGACAUGGUAAGGCUUGUGGUGGAGACUGAGGCCUUUACAGAGGAGACAAGCAUACAGGAAAACAGUAUCUCCGUACAUCAAGCAUCCUUGAGACAGAUGGCUGAAAAAUUAACAAAACUUUGUCAGCAGAAGGAUGAUUUUGAAGAAAGCAUCACAAAGGUGAAAGAAACACUCAACUCUCUCAGUAAACAACUGACUGAGGAGAGAAACAAGCUCAGAGAUCUGUCCAAAAUGCAAGCCAAGACUCAGUUGCUGGUGAGGACCCUCCAGCCAUCCUCUCGUCUCCUGCUUGAUCCAGUGCUGGCCAGAGAUCUUGAGGAGAAACUGGCUGUUAAGCACAAACUAGAGGAUGAGAUCAGUCGCUUGAAACAGUAUCAUGAACUCUUAAAAAGACAACCUGGCUUUAUGACAGUGCAAUCCCACCUUAGCAUCAAUUAAAUACCCUUCCACCAAGCUCAUAGAUGAGACCAUGCACAG